ACUGAUAAAAUGUUGGCCUUCAUAGGAUUCCCGGGUGAUAGUUGCUGACAACCGGAGGUGCAAUUCCUAAGGUCAGCGUAAUUUGCGGUUAUCUGUAAGACCAUUAUUACUGUACAGGUAGUUACUGCUGAUAUCACUUUUUGAAAAAAAAAAGAUGCAGAUGACACAUGACAUUAGGCUACACGUAGCAAUAAAUGUCGUCGAUUGCGCUGAACUAAUGCAUUUGGGGCAUAGCGACGUAUCUGCAAGUUCUUUAAUAGUACUUGGGUCCUCCAGGUGCUGAUAGUUGUCACUUCACAACCAGCCUGCACCUUUUUUGUGCUACGGACGACCACACAACUAUGGGAGAAGGUCAUUCACACCCGAGAGCGAAUAAAGCUGUAGUUUUCUUUGGAGUUUUGUUUACUUUUGUUUGCAGCGUUUCGGGAGAGACGCCCGUCAUUUUUAAUGACAUACUGCAGUUCUAUGGUGAAAAUGGCUCCCUGACCCACGCUGACAUUAAUAAUUUACUGGAACUCCUGAACAAAAAGCCAUCUAAUCUAGGAGGAAUUGUGUCCACGCACUCUCAGUGUCUGUCAGGAGCUGAGGUCCUUUCCCAGUAUGGACUCAGCAACCUCACCCAUUUAGGUGAAGCUCACCUGCAUGACAUCUGCCCUGCUCUUCUCAACCAAGCUGUGCUGCCCUCAUGCCCUGAUGACGCCCUCAUGCCCGAGGUCAGAGCAGUGGUCAUCGAUGCUCGUGUGUGGGGGUUUGGGUUUCUGUCCAUCACUAUCAUCAACCUCGCCUCCCUACUUGGAUUGUUCCUCAUCCCCUUCACAAAGAAGUCCUACUUCCCCAAGAUACUCACAUAUUUUAUCGGCCUGGCCAUUGGGACGCUCUUCUCCAAUGCUGUCCUACAGCUCAUCCCAGAGGCCUUAGGGUUUGACCCCAGGGUAGAUAACUACACUGGCAAAGCUGUCGGGAUAUUUGGUGGAUUCUAUCUGCUCUUCUUUGUGGAGAAAGUCCUCAAAAUGGCGCUGAAAACAGACAGGGGGCAUGGCCACAGUCACUUCAUCCCUCCAGACUCUCCCCAACUCAACUCUCACCAGAAUGGGAAUGUGGCGGAGAAGGCGGAGGUUAUUGCUGUGACCAGCUUCGGUCGUGACAGCAGUGACAGAGCCAGUAUGACUUCUGAAGCUCAUGCCACCCAGACAGUGGUGGGGUCGCGGAGGUCAUGCCACUGGCUCCGGGGUGCCGAUCUCUCCAGUAUAAAGACAGUGGCCUGGAUGAUCACGCUGAGCGACGGGUUGCACAACUUCAUAGAUGGCCUGGCCAUCGGGGCGUCCUUCACCGUGUCUUUGCUUGCGGGGUUCAGCACUUCAAUCGCCAUCGUGUGCGAGGAGUUCCCCCAUGAGCUGGGUGACUUUGUGAUCCUGCUGAACUCGGGCAUGAGCAUCCCACAAGCCAUCUUCUUCAACUUACUGUCUGCCAUGGCCUGCUACGUAGGCCUGGUAAUCGGCAUCCUAAUCGGCAGCCAAUUUGCCCCGAAUGUUAUCUUCGCCAUUGCCGGGGGCAUGUUCCUUUACAUUGCACUGGCAGACAUGUUUCCUGAGAUGAACAGCAUCGAGGCCAUGUCCGAGAGAUCCACCAAGUCCGAGGUGAUUAUCUUUCUGAUCCAGAACGCAGGAAUACUCAGCGGCUUCGCCAUCAUCCUGCUCAUAACAAUGUUUGCGGGAGACAUAAACUUGGGCUGACCUAUGGGAUUUCCCAGAAGGCUACCAGUUUGCCUGCUGGGUUCAAGUCUGGGUUGCCACACUCGAGGGCCCAGUUAAUGUACAUUUCUGACGGGGUUCACACUCUUUGAUUAACCGAUUACAUACAACUGCACUUUAAUUUCUUUUCAAUUGCCACUUAUUUGGUAGUUUGUGCAAAUAUUAAUUUAGAAGGUAGCAGUUAAUGAAUUAACACAAGAAUCAAUACUGCUUUGCUUUUUAAUAUAUAUAUAAUGUAUAUUUAGAUAUUUUAAUUAUUUGUAUUAGAUCAUAUGGUUAGAAUAUGUAUUUAUAGCUUUAUAGCCAUAUUAAAGUUUAGCCAUAUUCAUAAUUUUUUAUGUCAUUUUUCUAUGUUUGCACUUAGACAAGACAAUGUAACAUUAUUGAAUUCAGAUGCCCCUUCAUUAUAGUUUAUCAUAUUUAAUGACAUACCAUUGUUGAACUCACAAAUAAACAACUUUAUAUUGCUUAUUUUGCAUUUGAUCCAGUCCAGUCAUAAAACAUUACCAAUAAAAAGUCAAUCAGUACGUAUUUUAAAACCCAA